AUGGGCAAAGCUGCUGCUACUUACAAACAAAAAUACUCUGCACAAGCGUCUGCUGGUGAACAGACCUCUGCUCAAAAAAUGAAUACGGUUUUCAAGUUCAAUACCAAUCUUGGGCAGCAUAUUUUGAAGAAUCCAAUGAUUGCCCAAGGGAUUGUUGAUAAGGCCGAAAUUAGACCAUCAGACACAAUAUUGGAAGUUGGUCCAGGUACCGGUAACUUGACUGUGAGAAUAUUGCCACAGGCACGUAAAGUCAUAGCAGUGGAAAUGGAUCCAAGAAUGGCGGCGGAAUUGACAAAAAGAGUUCGUGGGACCGCCGAAGAAAAGAAAUUGGAAAUUUUGUUGGGGGAUUGUAUCAAGACAGAUUUGCCAUAUUGUGAUGUUUGCAUAAGUAAUACUCCUUAUCAAAUUUCUUCCCCAUUGGUUUUCAAAUUGUUGAAUCAACCAAACCCUCCAAGAGUUUCGAUUCUUAUGUUUCAAAGAGAAUUCGCCUUGAGAUUGGUGGCCAGACCGGGCGAUUCAUUAUACUGUAGAUUGAGUGCAAAUGUUCAAAUGUGGGCUAAUGUUACACAUAUUAUGAAGGUGGGUAAAAAUAACUUCAGACCUCCUCCAAAAGUUGAAAGUUCGGUGGUUAGAAUCGAAGUCAAGACUCCAAGACCAAAUAUCAAAUUUGCUGAAUGGGACGGAUUGUUGAGAGUUUGCUUUUUAAGAAAAAACAAGACCAUAGCAGCGGGCUUCAAGACCUCUACAGUAUUGGAAUUAUUAGAAAAGAAUUAUAAAGCUUACGUUAGUUCAAAGGGCGGGGAUGUCGAAAUGGAUCAAGACUACAAGACCAUCGUAAAGGAAAAGAUCACUAAAGUACUACAAGAAACUGGAUUGGCAGAACAAAGAUCUAGUAAGUGUGAUCAAUUAGAGUUUUUGAAGUUGUUGUUUGGGUUCCACCAGGAAGGUUUAUAUUUUUCUCUUGAUUAA